AUGAGCCGAAACUUUGUUCGGGGUCUCCAGACUACGACCAAAAUGCUGAUUCAGUUCGUUGGUGGUGUUAGUCCAGAUGAUAUCCUCGUCAGUAAUGGACUCACAGGACCAGCGUGGGAAAGGUCCGCCAGGAGAGUGACAGAUGCCAUAGAGAAAGCCGAUCCAAGAAUUAUUAUUGCCAUAAUUCAGGGUGCUAGGGCUCACUUUUCAUCCAAAGACAAGAGUGACCCAUGA